CGUCCAUUACUUCCUUAGAAUCAAGAUUAUUGAAAGUAAAAGCGUUAUUCGUUAUGACGGUUUGUUCUUUUAAGUAUUAUUCACCUAGAUCUGGGAUUUCAUGGGAAGACGAGCUACAAGGGAAAGAGAGCUUACAAGCGAUAUCUUCUGCCAUACAGGAAGCGUUAGCAACGGCUGAGCCAUUAAAAGAGAUAAAGAAUUAG